AUGUCCCACAGAUCUCGUCAUGUCAAGUGCGAUGAGAGUCGCCCCGCUUGCCGUCGCUGUGUCUCCACAGGUCGUGUCUGCGAUGGCUACGGCAUCUGGGGAGGGGGCAGCCCGAAUAGCCAGCCCCAACAUAACAAUGCUUUGUCGAUCUGCUGCACGCCAAUCCCACUCGGGAAUCUGAACUCCGACGAGCAGAUGUCAUUCGACUGGUUCAAAGAAAAAACGACAAAAAGAUUUGUUGGCAUUUUCACCUCCGAUUUUUGGGAGACGCUUGUUUUCCAGGCUAGUGCUCAAGAACCCGCAGUUCGGCAUGCUGUCGUCGCACUGUCGGCCGCACAUAGAUUCGAUUCGAACUGCGGCGCGUUGAUCACCCCUGCAGCUCAUGGAUUUGAUGCUGAGAAGUUCACCUUGCAGCAAUACAACAAAGCCAUUCAUUAUCUACGGUCCAACCCGAUAAUCAAUAAUAAGAACAAUCUCCGCGUGACGUUAAUUACGUGUCUGGUUUUCGUGACGUUAGAAUACCUGCGCGGCCAAUAUAAGUCAGGAAAUGCUCAUCUUCGAUAUGGAAUUCAGCUUCUGUCGGAACUGUCAGCACAUAAACCGGAAAUUGAACCCGGUUCAACAACCUCAUUUCAUCAUAACCCCGAAGACUUCGCCCACAACGCUUUAAAUGAUUCUUAUGCACGUCUCACCAUUCAAUGUGCCAUGUUUGGUAUUCUUCCAUCUCGCAUGUGUGUCAUGGCUCGCAUUCCGCAAAUCAGCACGCCUUCGCGUCCAUUUAACACAAUGGUUGAAGCUCGACAAACGCUGGACUAUCUCGUCAACAGAAUAAAACGCUUGAAAGAAAAUUAUCAUAGCGCCAAAGAACUGGGAAUACCGAUUGAUCACGCACAUGAGUCUUCAAUACAAUCUAAAAUCAAAGAAGACUUGCUUCUCUGGCGUGAAUCAUACAACGCAAGACCUGCCUGCUUGUAUCCUGCCGCAGAUCAUCGCGACUCAGUUGGCUCCAUACUUCUCAGAGUAUACCAUGAAAUGGCAACUGUCAUGGUGGCAGUGGGGUUGUCGGAGAGCGAGAUGGCCUACGACGCACACACGAACAAUUUUACCGCGAUAAUUACAGGCUUCUUCGAGUUAUGGAGUAUUUGGUCCAAAUUCAAUACCCAAGAUCAACAUAUCGAAGAAAUUGCCAAACUUUCAGAUCGCGGUGGGCAGGGCUUCACCAUUGAAUCAGGAUACAUUCCGCCUGUCUAUUACACAGCACUUAAAUGCCGCAUUCCGCAGAUUCGACGACAAGCCAUUCGGACUUUACGUUCCGUGCCGCAUAGAGAGGGCGUAUGGAACGGACCGCUCUUGGCAGACGUGCUGGAAGAGGUGAUUCGCAUCGAAGAAGGGGAAAGCCUUGGCGGCAACUACGAAUCUGAUGCACCGAUUGAGCAUGGCGGGCCUAUAGACUGCCGUUGGUCUCUGCCUAAUGUGGGUGAAUUGUCACGCAUCUCAGAUGUCAAGGUUAUUCUUGCGGAUGCGAUGGAUGAGUCUUGGGGAUAUAAUUUGAUUACUUAUAAAAAGAAAAUGCUGGAUGGGGGUUGGGUCAUGUUCAAACGCAAGGUUGGAGCUGGGGUCUCGACUGGUCGGCAGCGUCAUGCGAAUAGAGGUUUUCGUAAGAAUCUGGACCCAGAAAUGGGAGAAUUGAAUGUUGAAUAG